AUGGCCAACCACAAUGAGCACCACAGCAACAUCAAAAGUGUUAACCAUCCAGACAAAUUCUACUAUCUAAAGAAGGCCUUACAAGUUCUGUUUUCACUUUCCAUUUUUUCUCUCUUAUUCUAUCACCCAUCACUGGCUCCUUUCUUUGUCCAAUCCUAUGAUUAUUUUAGCUCCAAUAUUUCCAUCAAAUUGUUCACCUGCACCACUGAGAGAAACUGCAUAUUCCUUAUCUGCAAUGGGAUUCUUGUGCUGAUCAUUCGGACAUCCGGGCUCGUACGCAAGAUUGCGCCGGUCAAGAUAAGUCCAAAGGAUGUUAGAAUUGAUGUUUGUAAUAUGGAGGAAGUUGAUGAGGCAAAAGGAGCAAAUGCUGUUAUGAAAGUCGAGGUCUUGGAAGUAAAAGGAAGCGAUCGUGUGGAAAAAGGAGGGAUCUUUGAUCCGGGCCACGAGAUUGAUAAACGAGAAAUUGAUCAUGAAGCACAAGAAGAAGAUGAUGAUGAUGAAGAAGAAGAAGAAGAAGAAGAAGAUGGUGAUGAGAAUGAUGAUGAACAGCUCAUGAGUACUGAUGAAUUGAAUAAGAAAUGUGAAGAUUUUAUCAAAAGGGUGAAGCAAGAAAUUCAGGGUGUGUAG